UUCGGGAGAUGCGGAACGCGGUGUCCGACUUUGGCUCGGUAGGUCUAGUGCGGCAGAAUCCGCCGGAGCCUUCGCUCGCAAACGGCGGAUCCGCGGGGCACCGCGGGGGAGGACGGGGGCGUUACAAGGAACACGAGAAGAGGAAGAAGGAAGCGGGAGAAGAGGAGGAAGAGGAGGAGGAGGAGGAGGAGGAGGAGGAGGAGGAGGAUGAGAGGCAUCGCCGCCGGGGCCGCUGUUUCAGCCGCCGCCUCAAGAGCGAAGAUCUGGCCCCUCGCCGUCCCUGCCCCCGCGCGAGAGCCGCUGCCCCUUGGACCUGGGCGGCCGCAGCUUCCUGGUCGGAGGCGGGAACGGCUGGCGCACGCCGUUGGCGAAGACGACUGGGCGGAAUCCGUCGGGCACGGACUCGUGCAUCACUGGGCUGUUCCUAUAGCGCCGCACGUUCUCCCGCAGCCCCUGCUCGAAGCGGCUCCGCUCCACCACGCACGCUCCUUGCACCAGGAGAACCACCAGUGCGAGAAGCCGUGGAACGCGUCCUGGAAUCGGGCGGCGUCCAGCAGGCUGACGAAGUUGACGUAGGCGUACCCCUGGUUGUCGCCUGUGGUGAAGUCCCUGGGCAGAAACAGGAAAUCGACCUUAUCGCCGAACCCGUGGUUCCCGAUUAUCGGGGUUCGCAUGUGGCCCCCUACCUCGGCACAUUCUGCAUCAUGAGGGUCGUGGGCUCCUGCCGCUCCUCCAGCUCCGCAGGCUCCCGCGGCUCAAGCCGCGCGGCGGCCUGCGCCCGCGCGGGGGCCGCGAGCCGGGCCUCCGCGCGGUCCGCGGAGGCCGGCGGCGGCUGCGGCACUGGCCCCGGCAGCUGCAGCACGGAGACCUCUAAAGGGGCCCGGGCGACGGGGUCUGGGACGUGGACGUAGCUGGGGCCCAGCGACGGAAGCGAAGCGUCUCGCCCAUCCUCCGCGACGGCUGGAGCGUGCUGAUCUGAGUCUGGUGCACUGCCGCCAAGGGCGCCGCAUGCACCAUACAGGGCGAUGUUAGCCUCGAGUCCCUGAGCGACUGGGCUCCACGAGACCACGCAGGACUCCUUCAGCCACGCGUGCCACCACCUGUUAAAACCCUGGAAGGUGUCACAGAACCGUGCGGCGACCAGGGGGCCGGUCAGGUUGACGACGGCGUGGCCGAGGUUCUCCCGCCCGGACUCGUCCAGCGGCAGGAAGACGAAGUCGCACUUCCCCUCGAAGCCGUGGUUGUUGAAGAGGCGGACCAGCCGAUCUCGGCUGUAGCACCGCGGCAGCCCCUGCAUGACCACGGUGGUCGGGAGCGGGUCCAGCGCCUCGCUGCUGGAGGGCAGGCUCGCCUGCCUCUCCAGCGGGGGCCCCUCGUCUCGCCACGGCGGCGCCGACGGGGGCAUCCCCACGGGCAGGUCCCCGGCCGGGUGCUGCAGCCCGACGUCCGCCAUGGCGGCCGCGGCGGGCGCCGACGCGCGCUGCCUAUUUACACAGAGCUUGAGCCAAAACGGCU